AUGCACCGGAUUAACUCGUGGGCGAAAGCUCACGCCUCUUCACGCGGCGAUCAAUCCGUCCAACCUCAAGCUCCAGCUCAAGCUCAAACCUCCGGUCCUACUCCUAUACCGGAAGCAUCUCAAGAUGUACAAGUGAAUCAUACCCCAGAGGCCCCGACAACCGAGUCGGGGCCCGACGAAAAGAACUCCCAACCCGGUCUGCUCCUUCGCAUGCGAAAUGGUAGCGGCCGGUUCUACACCCACACCAAGGAUGCCCUCUUCCACAGUUGGGUCAAUGUCCUACUGGUCUUUGUGCCAGUAGGUAUCGCCGCCAAGGCGGCUGGCCUGAGCCCGGACAUCGUCUUCGCGAUGAACGCGGUGGCCAUCAUCCCCUUGGCAGGACUACUGAGCCACGCGACAGAGAGCGUGGCCAGCCGCCUGGGUGACACAAUCGGUGCUCUCAUCAACGUCACCUUUGGUAACGCAGUAGAGCUUAUCAUCUUCAUCAUCGCUUUGGUGAAGAAUGAAAUUCGCAUUGUGCAAGCUUCCCUGCUUGGUUCCAUCUUGGCAAAUCUGUUGCUCAUUCUGGGCAUGGCAUUCCUCCUUGGUGGUCUCCGCUUCCAGGAACAAAUCUACAACAGCACCGUCACCCAGAUGAGCGCGUGUCUGCUCAGUCUGAGCGUGACCAGUCUGCUGCUCCCAACGGCCUUCCAUGCUUCUUUCUCGGACACUACCGAUGCAGACAGACAGACAUUGAAGGUCAGCCGUGGAACCAGUGUCGUUCUUCUGUUGGUAUACAUUUUGUAUAUUCUUUUCCAACUCAAGUCCCACUCGUACCUGUACGCCAGUAUUCCUCAGCGCAUUAUCGAUGAGGAAUCGCACCCCGGUGUUCUUGCCGAGUUCUUGAAUAGCUCCUCCGACUCAUCUUCUAGUUCAAGCGAUGACUCUGUCGAUACUACUACUUCGUGGACCACCGCCAAACGCAUCAAGCGGGCAAUGAAGCACCGCAGACGCAGAAAGUCUAGCACCAGCUCCAAGGGCACAAGCCAAUCUGUUCAAAAGAAGGUCAUGGUCAAUGAGAACCAGAGCUCUCUAGGAAAUUCCAUCAUCAGCAACAAUGGCAGCACCUCAAAUGCCGUUGACAUGGAAGAGGCCCGCUACGACGCCGACGACGACGCCAACCCCCGCUCUCGUGAUUUCGGUCUCCCCACCACCCGCGUUGAGAGUGCCCACGAAAGCGACAAGGCUCGGAAGAAGGAACGCAAGAAGCGCCGCUCCAAGCGAUCUGAGAAGAAACAGCCUCAGGUCGAGCUCCCUACGGAUGACGAGGCUCAAGCCCAGACUCAGUCCGACGACUGGCACCCGGGUAUGAAGGGAUUCGCAUCUGCUCCCAACUUCGCUGGCAUGGAGGGCGCGGGAGACAACGAUAAUUCUCGAAAGCGCUCGCCGUUCGGCCCCAUUCCCUCCCUGCUGUCUAAUACCGUAUUCAGCUCGCAGUCUCCUAGCAACUCGCCUCGUAUCGGUGAUUUGUCGCACCCGGGGAUCAAGCGUAGCAACUCUUUACCUGCCCACAUGAAUGCUACCGUUCGUGCUGGCAAUGCUGUGCAAUUUGCCCGCGGUGGUGCCCGUGUCCCUGCGCCCACUGACGUUGUCAUUGAUACCCCUCAAGAGGCAGAGCCGGCCAUGUCUCGUACUGCGGCUGUGGUCCUGCUCCUGAUCUCCACUGCCCUUGUAGCCGUCUGCGCCGAGUUCCUUGUCGAUGCCAUUCCCGACAUGAUUGAAAACUCGAAUGUCAGCGAAGCGUUCAUCGGUUUGAUUAUCUUGCCCAUCGUGGGUAAUGCCGCUGAGCACGUUACUGCUGUCAGUGUUGCCACCAAGAACAAGAUGGAUCUGGCUAUUGGUGUAUCUGUCGGUAGUAGUAUCCAGAUUGCCAUCUUUGUCACCCCUCUUGUUGUCAUUUUGGGAUGGUGUAUGGACAAGGACAUGUCCCUCUACUUCACUCUGUUCGAGACCGUCUGUCUGUUUGUGACUGCUUUUGUGGUAAACUUCUUGGUUCUGGACGGCAGAAGUAACUACUUGGAAGGUGCACUGCUUAUAGCAGCGUAUGUGAUCAUUGCUCUUGCAUCCUUCUUUUACCCGGACAGUCAGCAAGCUAGUAACCUAGCCGGGUCUGAAGGUUAA